AUGUUCGAUGUGCCAUCUCUCACCAUCAACACCUACAACGAGUGGGAAGGUCGAAAUCGUACCAUGCCUGUGCAUCUAGAGACAGAUGAUCGUUACCAAAAGAGCUUGAGAAACAAAAGUAGGAUGGAUUCAAUAGGCAAACCUGUGGCCCCACCAUUGUCCGCAUAUUUGGCUGAUUCUCCUGGUCCACGAGCGUAUUAUGAUAAUGACCAUUCACAAGGAAGCUCGGCCUCGAUGCUCACGCCAGAAAUGUCUCUUAAGCUAGAGAAGCUACGAUCGAUACGAACCACAGGCUAUUACACCUUGGCACCCAUUGGUGUGAACAAAACUAUGGCUCAAUUGGAUUUUGAGGCCCAGGAGAUGGAGGAUGAGGACUGCAAUGUUGGGCAGGCAGAGAACCUGAAUGCUAAUGUGUCUACUACUAUUUACCAGGACGCUCCCUCGGGGAUGCCCGAUGCUAGUGCUGAGCACGACCUUGACGCUGACAUUGAAGAUGUCGACGCCUCAGGAAGUUUUCAGGCUUCUUCUGACCUAUCGGAUGAUGAUGAUGCUGUGGGGGCUCGAGACGAACGUCGAGUAUUUAAUCCUAACUCUGGAUCGUUGACCGAUACUCAGGUGGUAGGAGUGAGCGCCUCCACGGCUGAAACUGACCGCAUCUCGCCUCCUGUGUUGAAUUGCGAUGCUUCCGACGUGGAUAUGGUGAUUGAAGAUGACUGA